UUUCUUCUCUUAACCUCAACGCGAAAUCAAAAAUUUCACCCAAAUCGCAGCUCACCCUACUCUCUGCACCUCAUCACACUUCACGACACAAUCGUUAAUCACCUAGCAGUCAUGGAGACGCCUAGAAUGCCAGCGACGAGAAUGGCGAGGCUGUGGAGGAAGGAGAGGAAUCAGAUGGUUUGAGACGCGUCCUGCUCGUCGAGGAAUAGAUCCUCAAGCACGCAAAAAGCACCGUGGAGGCAAUCGACAACGACACGGAGCAUGAGAGCAGACACGAGGAUGGAGCCGAUGUUGGUAAGGAACAAGACAAAGACGAUGAGCCUAGAGAGGAUAGCUAGGGUUUCAAAAUCUAGAGAGGAACAAUCUAAAGGUCGUGGCUGCACAGGAUCUUGUGGCGAUGACGAAGUUGCACCGUAUAAUCAAGAGCGAGUAGAGGUCGUUGUUUGUCAAGAGUCAUCCACGCUUGUAUAUGACACCCAUAGGUUCACAACUCAAAUGAAAAAUCUUUAUGCUACAAACAAUGGAACCACAUCUGCUUUGGAAUCCGAUGGUAUUCAAACCAAGAUGGUAUCUAAACACUCGAACUCUCGAGUAAAGGAGAAGGUCACUGCAUUAAAGUCACAAUUGGAUGAACAUAAUAAACGAAAUGAAGAACGUGACAAAAGACUUGAUGCAAUCAUGAACUUCUUUUCUCAAAAUUAUCAAGGUCAAUUGCCUCCUGAGUUGACUAUGUUCAAUCCUGCACCGGUUUUUGAUCAAGGAAGUGUGCCAACUAAUACAACAAGUUCUGGACAUGAGGAAAAUCAUAUGUGAUAGUUGAAGAAUAUAAUAUAAUGUGGAAGUUAAUUGAAUCAUUUUAUGUUUUGAGAACCAAUGCAAUACUUCAUGAUAGUUUUUGCUGACUAAUAUUGUACUUGAAUUUGAAUUU